GACUACAUUUCCCAGGAGGCAGCGGGCAUGACGCCGCUGCUGAAGAGCGGGGAUGCGGAGCGCGCUGUCGGGCGGGGGCGAGGUUCGGGCCGGUUGUGCCGUUGCGAGGUUGCAGCUGAGGUCGCUGCGGUGGGCCUAGAAUUAUAUCCUGACUUUGUAAAUUGGAGAAGCCAGUGGCACUGCCAGUGUUCUUUGACAGCAGUGUCUGGAUCCAGUGCAAAUUGAAUCAUUGUUCUGACAAGAAACUAAUCAAAAGAUUACAGAGUCCUACACAAAAUUUGGAGACACAAAGUGGAUGCUGAACAACUAGAGGUUACCCCCAGGUGUAAUUGAAAGGUGAACUUUUCUUCAGAGAUGUCAAAAACAAACAAAUCCAAGUCUGGAUCUCGCUCUUCUCGCUCAAGAUCAGCAUCAAGAUCUCGCUCUCGUUCAUUUUCGAAGUCACGAUCCCGAAGCCGAUCUGUUUCUCGAUCAAGGAAGCGCAGGCUGAGUUCUAGGUCUCGUUCCAGAUCGUAUUCUCCAGCUCAUAACAGAGAAAGGAAUCACCCCAGAGUGUAUCAGAAUCGAGAUUUUCGAGGUCAUAACAGAGGCUAUCGGAGGCCCUAUUAUUUCCGCGGGCGCAACAGAGGCUUCUAUCCAUGGGGCCAGUAUAACCGUGGAGGCUAUGGAAACUACCGCUCUAAUUGGCAGAACUAUCGGCAAGCAUACAGUCCUCGUCGGGGCCGUUCUCGGUCUCGGUCCCCAAAGAGAAGGUCUCCUUCACCAAGGUCCAGGAGCCAUUCUAGAAACUCGGAUAAGUCAUCUUCUGACAGGUCAAGGCGCUCCUCAUCCUCUCGUUCUUCCUCCAACCACAGCCGAGUUGAAUCUUCUAAGCGCAAAUCUGCAAAGGAGAAAAAGUCCUCUUCCAAGGAUAGCCGGCCAUCUCAAGCUGCUGGGGAUAACCAGGGAGAUGAGACCAAGGAUCAGACAUUCUCUGGAGGCACCUCUCAAGAUACAAAAGCAUCUGAGAGCUCGAAGCCAUGGCCAGAUGCUACCACCUACAGCACUGGCUCUGCAUCACGAGCCUCAGCAGUUUCUGACCUUAGUCCCCGGGAGCGAAGCCCAGCUCUCAAGAGCCCUCUUCAGUCUGUGGUGGUCAGGCGGCGGUCACCCCGCCCUAGCCCUGUGCCAAAACCUAGUCCUCCACUUUCCAGCACAUCCCAGAUGGGCUCAUCUCUGCAGAGUGGUGCUGGGUACCAGUCUGGGAGCCACCAAAGUCAGUUCGACCAUGGCUCUGGGUCUUUGAGUCCGUCCAAAAAAAGCCCUGUGGGUAAGAGUCCACCAGCCACUGGCUCCACUUAUGGCUCAUCUCAGAAGGAGGAGAGUGCUGCUUCAGGAGGAGCAGCCUAUACAAAGAGGUAUCUAGAAGACCAGAAGACAGAGAAUGGGAAAGAUAAGGAGCAGAAACAGACAAAUUCUGAUAAAGAGAAAGUGAAGGAGAAAGGGAGCUUCUCUGAUGCAGAUGCAAAAGUUAAAUCAGAUUCAUUUGCUUCCAAGACUGAUACUGAGAAGCCCUUUAGGGGGAGUCAGUCACCCAAAAGGUAUAAGCUCCGUGAUGACUUUGAGAAGAAGAUGGCAGACUUCCACAAGGAGGAGAUGGAUGAUCAAGAUAAGGACAAAACCAAGGGAAGGAAGGAAUCUGAGUUUGAUGAUGAACCCAAAUUUAUGUCAAAAGUCAUAGCUGGGGCAAGUAAAAACCAGGAGGAAGAGAAGUCAGGCAAGUGGGAGGGCCUGAUGUAUGCAGGGAAGGAAAAGCAGAGAAAAGCAGAGGAGUUGGAGGAAGAGUCUUUCACAGAGAGAUCCAAAAAGGAAGAGCGAGGAGGGGCCAAGAGGAGUGAAAGCGGGCACCGGGGGUUUGUGCCAGAGAAGAAUUUCCGAGUGACUGCUUAUAAGGCAGUCCAGGAGAAAAGCUCAUCACCACCCCCCAGGAAGACUUCUGAGAGCCGUGAAAAGCUGGGAGCCAAAGGAGACUUUUCCUCAGGAAAGUCUUCAUUUUCCAUUACUCGAGAGGCCCAGGUCAAUGUACGAAUGGACUCUUUCGACGAGGACCUCGCACGACCCAGUGGCUUACUGGCUCAGGAACGCAAGCUUUGUCGGGAUCUAGUUCAUAGCAACAAAAAGGAACAGGAGUUUCGUUCCAUUUUCCAGCACAUACAGUCAGCUCAGUCUCAGCGUAGCCCUUCAGAAUUGUUUGCUCAGCAUAUAGUGACCAUUGUUCACCAUGUUAAAGAGCAUCACUUUGGGUCCUCUGGAAUGACAUUGCAUGAACGUUUUACUAAAUACCUAAAGAGAGGAGCUGAACAGGAGGCAGCUAAAAACAAGAAAAGCCCAGAGAUACACAGGAGGAUAGACAUUUCCCCCAGUACAUUCAGAAAACAUGGUUUGGCUCAUGACGAAAUGAAAAGUCCUCGGGAACCUGGCUACAAGGCUGAGGGAAAAUACAAAGAUGAUCCUGUUGAUCUUCGCCUUGAUAUUGAACGUCGUAAAAAACAUAAGGAGAGAGAUCUUAAACGAGGUAAAUCAAGAGAAUCAGUGGAUUCCCGAGACUCAAGCCAUUCAAGGGAAAGGUCAACUGAGAAAACAGAGAAAACACAUAAAGGAUCAAAGAAGCAGAAGAAGCAUCGGAGAACACGAGACCGGUCCAGGUCCUCCUCCUCCUCCUCCCAGUCAUCUCACUCCUACAAAGUGGAAGAGUACCCUGAAGAGACAGAGGAGAGAGAAGAGAGCACCACAGGCUUUGACAAAUCAAGACUGGGGACCAAAGACUUCGUGGGUCCAAGUGAAAGAGGAGGCGGCAGAGCUCGGGGAACCUUUCAAUUUCGAGCCAGAGGGAGAGGCUGGGGCAGAGGCAACUACUCUGGUAACAAUAACAACAACAGUAACAAUGAUUUUCAAAAGAGAAACCGGGAAGAGGAAUGGGAUCCAGAGUAUACACCCAAAAGCAAGAAGUAUUACUUGCACGAUGACCGAGAAGGCGAAGGCAGUGAUAAGUGGGUGAGCCGCGGCCGAGGCCGAGGAGCCUUCCCCCGGGGUCGGGGCCGGUUCAUGUUCCGGAAAUCCAGUACCAGCCCCAAAUGGGCCCACGACAAGUUUAGUGGGGAGGAAGGGGAGAUUGAAGAUGAUGAGAGUGGAACAGAGAACCGAGAAGAAAAGGACAAUUUACAGCCCACAACUGAGUAGGGGCCACUCUUGAUGGGAGCCCUUGGCCAGGGGAGAGAGGCACUGGGAAGAUGGCUGGUGAGCUGAACAGAGGAGCCUCAAGAAGAUUCUGAACAUCCCACCCCCACCCCCACCAGCCGUGCAGAACCCUACUACAGCGGAAAGUGUCCCUGGUGCUGCACCCACUGGACGGGAGGCCACCACAGAGCCUGGGGUCAGGCCCAGCUUGGCAGAACAUGACAUGUUGGGCUCUAGCCAUGUUUCUCAUUUGUUGUUGGUGUAUGGGGUUGGGGGCUAGGGGAGGGGAGGGAGAGCGAUGCUUGAUUUUGGUUUGUUUGCUAUUAGAAACCACCAGUUUUUAAUUUUCAUUUCAUUUGGAGAUAAGAGGACUAAUUUGAUGAUUUUCAGUCUCUUCUCCCCUGACCUGAUUUUAAAAGGCCCCUUUUUUUCUUUUCUUUUUUUUAGACAUAUGUAGUAAUAGAAAGAUUUAAUUUGGGCAACUUUGAUUCUUAAAAGAGAAAGCAAAGCAUGUGAAUAAACAUUGAAGUGUUCACCUCAGUUUGGGACCAAACUGCUUGGAUCUUUGUAAAAUCCAGUUUUGUAUGUCGAGGAGGAGUUUAAGGCCUUUCUGACCACCUUACGUUCCCCUUUUCUGCGCAGCUGUGUCACAUGGAGUUGCUCCUAACCACUUCCCAUGCACCCCGCUCCUGUAUUUUCUGAUUUCUCCUGGGCUGGGCUUCCCAUUCUCCACCAGCAGCUCCAAUGUCCCAAACUUUCUAGUCCUGCUGAUCCUCAGCAACAGGGGUGGAAACUGGAGGGCAGUUUCUGGUCGGUUUUCUAAGAUACUUCUGAAUUCUAUUAUCUUUACAAAUAUAAGAUGAGAAAAUAAUUUUUUCAAUAUUUUUUAUUAAUCUUUUUAUAAAAUGAAAGAAACGCCUAUGAUCGAUUAAGGAAGGUGGUUAUGGCUGGGUGAUUCUUGGGGUUAUGUGGUUUUUUUUGGUUAUUUUUAUCUUUUUAAUCUUAAGCUUUAAGUUGAAACAUUCUCAGAUGUUUGGGGGGAAACAUCCUCUUAUACUGGGGUCCUUUCUCCUGACGAGGAGGCUGUCCUGAGCAGGUGAAUCAUAUGGCAUCUGUGCAUAUGCUCUAUGUGGACUGUACCCUCCUCUUCCCCCCAACCUUUGCUUGGGUUGUUGUGCUUUCCCCUUACUUUGCUACAUUUCUAUAGUUAAGUUGGUUUUACUUGAAUGAUUCAUGUUUAGGGGAAAAAGAAAAACACUCUUAAAAUUUGUUUCAACUCCUCCUGCAAAUAAAAACAAUAAAAGUGG